AUGGUUUACAGAAACGUUGUCUGGACAGCACUUUACGAACCUAUACUAAAAGAAAGAGACAGUAGAUUGGAGAAGAGACUAGCAGGGGCAGGAGUUCAUGUGGAUAUUGAGCACAGUUACCUUUUACAUAGACCUGAUCAGGUUACAGUUGCUGGAGUCGGUGCUCGAGGUAUUGGAUCUGUCACACAUUUCAUGGAGUGUUGUAAGUCCAACCCUGGAGAUUCUAUAGGGAAACCUAUAGAUCCACCUAGAUACUUGAAUAAUCCAACCACGUGGCCAACCUCACAUUCUCUACCUCAGCUCAGAUUGUAUCGGAAACCAGUAAAAGCAGAUGGGUCAGUGGUAGACUGGGCUAAAGAAAUCCGAGCAUCUUGGAAGUUUGGAGAGGACGGAGGAUAUCAGAAUCUCAGAAAGCCAAUUCGACUGCCUUACGCUAACCAACCUUGGAGCCAAAACAAGGCACAUCUAAAGGCCUGGCAACGAGGAAAUACUGGUUUCCCACUUGUUGAUGCGUCAAUGCGUCAGUUAUGGAAGAUAGGAUGGAUGAACAAUUAUAUGCGUCAUGUUGUAGCAUCAUUCCUAAUCUCAUAUUUGAGAAUAUCAUGGAUAGAAGGAUACAAUUGGUUCCAGGACACACUACUGGAUGCGGAUGUUGCUAUUAACGCUAUGAUGUGGCAGAACGGGGGCAUGUCAGGAUUGGAUCAAUGGAAUUUUGUGAUGCACCCGGUUGAUGCAGCCUUCACUUGUGAUCCCCAAGGAGAGUUUGUAAGAACAUGGAUUCCCGAGCUAGCCGGUCUUCCUGAUAAAUUAAUUCACCAGCCUUGGAAAUGUCCGAAAGGAGUUCUUUCGCGAGCAGGUGUUAGAUUAGGGGAGAACUAUCCUAAUAGGAUAAUUGAGAACUUGGAGGACGCCAGAGAACAGUCUCUUCAAGAUGUAACAGAAGUGAGAAGAAAACACUCGAGGGGGUUUAUAGAUCCCCAACAUGGCAGGGAUAUGACGGGUAUUCCCUGCACGCUGCUGGGUAUUAACGGUGUAAAACAGAACAGUAUUCUCAUGGUACCUCUAAUAACAAGAAAGGAGUUUAUAUAUCGGACUGGGUGCCCAGAUGCCAAGGAUAAUCCAUACAACGCAGUUCUCAAAGGUUAUGUCGGACGAGCUAGAGACGAGGAGAUUGAAAGAACGAACAAAGUUGACUUUACAGCGAGUACUAUGCUAGAGUUUAAGGAAAGGAAAGCUCGCUUGGAUAAAUUGAAUGGUGUGGUGGAGGAAGAUGAAGGGAGGCGGGGAGGCAGACGAGGGGGCGGGAUACAGCGUAGGACUAAAACCCAUGACAAAUUUACGAAAGUGUGAAGUUAAUGGUCCGGUUUCUCUGAAAUUUUAUUUAUAUGAUCGCCUGUGAUAUUAACAGUAAGUUGUAUGUUCGUUUUUUCUUGUUAAAUUUUUAACAUUAUCAUGUUGCGUAAUUGCAGAUUAUCAAAUAAUGAUCGGGGAUUAGGUGAUCACUGGAUAUAAUGGAUAGCUAAUUAAGAAUGAGGAAGUUGGUAUGCUAGUGGAGGGAGGGUUGAAACAAUAUCCUUGGAAUAGAGCUUGGAAUAUCCAAACUACUCAAACUUACAGCUUACCUAACCUAGGAUACCAGACAUAAACAGCAUCGAAGGAUUUAGUCGUUAACCAUUAUUACAGAUUUUUUAUCAUUUCAUCCGUGUUUUGGGGCGCAAGCAAGCCAAUUCUUUAGUUAUAACUAGACAAUAAACAACUUCCUUUAUGUUGAUUUUUAUGAAAGAUUCAGUAAUUGUCAAGAUUCUGAUUUAUUGAUGUUAUUAUUGGCAUUCAGGGUUGGGAAAAGAAUGAUAAUAAUUCGUUCUCCUUAUAUGAAUUUUGAUUAAUUUGGAUCAAAACAUAAUUUUCCUAAGUUUUCACUGGAAACCAAUUAAACACACCGCUACAGAUAAUUAGUUUAAGGGAUCGUUCACUGAUUUGGGUAAUUUCAUGGUAAACUAAACAGCCCAUUAGCUGUUAACUGGUAUUUGUCUUACUUUUUAAAGAUGCCUGUGGCCGGAGAAAAAGCCGAUUUUCCGUUCAGAAGGGACAGUCCCUUUGCCCUCGAAUUCUGAACGAAUAAUCGUCUUUUUCUCCGGCCACAGUUGACUUUGAAAAUUAGGACCAAUACUAAUCAAUAGCUAAUACGCUAUUCAGUUUACCCCGAAAUUACCCAAAUAGUAGACGAUCCUUUAAAAUCAUAUUGUCAUAAAUUUUCCAUCGGGUAAAUGUUGGACUGACAAAUAUUCUUUGAUUUGUAUAAAGAAACUGUGUGAAAUCUACCUGGUAACUAAUUGAAAUUUCAGA